GGUAGCGGGGUUUGGGUGGCUUAUGUCACCACUACGCCCAGCCCGAUCAUCGCACAGGCGGGGCGAAUCGUAACGGAAACCAUAUCGGGGGUUCUCUUGACAACCAUAGAAACGGUUUCUCUCUCCAAUGGCUCCUGGGGAAGACAAGCACCCGGUACAAGAUGAGACUCUCGACGACGCACAACUUCAUGCCCAGGAGUCAACGAACGAUGGGUUGCGCAAAGGGACACCGGUAAUCCACAUCAUUUACAGCUACGUGUGCAUCCUCCUCCUCUUCGUCAACUAUUUCCUCGCCCAGUACGACAAGUUCAUCCUUUCGUACUUUCAGUCCUCAGUACUAGCCUCGCUCUCUUUAACUUCAACUCAAUAUGGCCUCCUGUCCGGGUACGCGACGGGCAUCGUCUAUGCAAUCCUCGCCCUCCCUAUUGCCUUCUUCUCCGACUACACGUGCGCUCGCAUCUGGAUACUCUCCGUUACCGGUGCAUGGUGGAGCCUGUGCGUCAUUUUCCAGUCCCUCUCACACAACUUCUCCCAGAUAUUCUGCGCACGACUAGGCAUGGGACUCGGACAGGCGAGCGUAGAAGCCCUAUCUGUGAGCCUCAUCAGCGAUCUUGUGGGGUGGAGGAACGUGUUCAUUGGCGAAAGCGUGUUCUACGUUGGGGUCUAUAUUGGCGAAGCGAUUAGCGGCCAAAUCGCUACGGCAUUCACGGAGACUGGGACGAGCUGGAGAAUCGCUUUAAGGGCCAUUGGGAUUACAGGGUGCGUGAUCGCGGUGUUGCUGAGACUCGUCCUAAGGGAGCCGGAGAGGAGGGCGAGCCUAGUGCAGCCCGACAUGGAAGGGGUAGAGGAGUCAGGACCACGAAGUAGCCCACACGCGGACCUUACACUUGGCUCCAGCGGUAUCCCGCACACCCGAGGCUCCAAACUCCGCGCGGCGAAAGCAGACUUCCACGCCACUCUCUCCUACGUCAUCCGUAUGCGCUCCUUCUGGCUCCUCGUCCUCUCAGCCGGAUUUCGCCAACUCGCCGGCAACGUCUUCGGAUAUUACAUGCCCAGCUACCUAGGAGAUACAUACCCGCACCAUCCGGAGCUCUUCUCCCGCUACGGCAUCAUCGUCGGCGUCGUGGGAUCCGUCACAGUGCUAAGCGGUGGCGCACUGACUUCGCUGCUGUGGCACCGAACCAAACUGACGCCUAUAUACCUUACGGCCGUCGGGGGCAUGAUCAGUAGUAUUUUCGUGCUGCUCAUGAUUUUCAGCCGGGGCAUCGCGGACGGGAGCCAAGAUCGCGGGAUCAAGAUACUAUACGGGGCGAUGAGCAUAGCGUACUUGACAGCGGAAGCGUGGCUCGGUGCUCUUUUCGCGCUGGUGGCGUUACUUUUACCGCCCGCGUACAAGACGUUCGGGCUCGCUAUCUGGGGAAGCGUUCAAGUCCUUAUAUACUCAUCUGGACCAGAAAUCAUUGGCCUGGCUCUACUGAAGGAAGAGACGGCGAGCGAGGCAUAUCGUAAGGCUACGCAGGUUUGCCUAGCAUUCAUAAUCCCGGUGGGGUAUUGGCUAGCUGGUGUUGGGUUCCUUCUGUCUGUACCGCUAGUGAAAAGGGACCUCCGUCAUGAGUUUGUGAGCGGAGCUCUUUGUAGACGGAGGAGAAACGCGGUGUGGGCUUGCGCUGGUGUGCUUGCGGUAGUUGUUACCACGUUGUUUGUUGUUAGUCUGGUAUAUCAAACAUAAGUCUGCGUGGCGGGUGACAUAGAUGGAGUUCUAUUCGUAGAUCCAUGGGCUGCGUAGAGGGUCUGGUCGAAGGAUGAUGUUCUAAUGCACCGUCACAGAGAGGCGUAAAGUUAUUAUAAGCUACCAUAAGCUUGAGCACCUUGCUGCAUUGGCAUAGUAAGACGUAUAUCAAUCAUG